GGCCUUCCAUAUUUUUGGAUGUCGGGCAACUCCCUCCCAAUCUCAAGCCAAUGGGCGGUGAGGAUCCGACUGCAGUUUGAACGCGUUUACUAAAUCCGUGCAUGAGAGACCAACGGCCAGUCUGCACAUAAUUGGAAACACCCCCCCUAAAACUCGCGCGCCAGUGAUCGUUCGUCUCCCUCCUCCUCCUCCCUUUCUAUCUCUACAUUUCUUCCCAGUAAUCUCCUCCGAAACCCUAGUUCUUGUUCUCGAUUCGGAAGACCUAGAAUCGUCGCCGGAGAUGACGAAGAAGGGAGGGGACAUCGAGACCGGUUACGGCGGCGGAUCGGCCUUGUACCCCAACAUGAUGGAGAGCCCGCAGCUGCGGUGGGCGUUCAUCCGCAAGGUCUACUCCAUCGUGGCCCUCCAGAUCCUCCUCACGAUUGCCGUCGCCGGUGUCGUCAACUUCGUCGAGCCCGUGCGCAGCUUCCUCCUCUCCCACACCACCGCCUCGCUGGUCGUCUACAUCCUCAUCAUCAUCUCGCCUUUUCUCGUUCUGUUGCCGAUGAUCUACUUCCGCGAGCGCCAUCCCCUGAACCUGCUUCUUCUCACGCUGUUCACGAUCUGCAUCAGCUUGGCUAUUGGGAUGGCAUGCGCGACUUCCAAAGGCAAAAUAGUGCUACAAUCUGCAGCUCUAACAGCAACAGUGGUUGUGGGUCUCACCCUCUACACGUUCUGGGCAGCCAAAAGAGGCUAUGACUUCAACUUCCUCGGCCCAUUCUUGUGUGCAGCUCUUAUCGUGCUGAUGCUGUACUGUAUCAUCCAGAUCUUCAUCCCAAUGGGGAAGGUCUCGACAACAAUCUACGGGUGUGUGGCAGCAAUUAUCUUCUCUGGUUUCAUCAUAUACGAUACCGACAAUCUGAUCAAAAGACAUUCCUACGACCAAUACAUCUGUGCUUCCAUCUCCCUGUAUCUCGACAUCAUCAACCUGUUCACGGCACUGUUAACCGUGUUCAAUAGUGUUGAUUCAUAAGCCAAUUGGUAUCUCUGCUUACCAUCAUGUAACUGCUCUAUAUUUAGUGAAACCAAUAUAUAGGUAAGAAACCUGAUAACAGUUCAAAAUAUGUGCUGCUGUGUCGAUUAGCAGUCACUUUCAUC